AUGGACGCACCUAAGCCGGGAGAGUGGUCGAAUACGAUUCCGUCUCUGAACAGGGUAUCUCCGGAACUGGGGAGCGCGAGUGAACGGGAGCCCACGAGCACUGGUACCGCUGCCACAGGCCGGAAUUUCUGGAACAGGUCCUGUUAUCCGUCGCGGCUUGAAAACAACCAGUUUGUUUUCUUGGAUACAGGGUUGCUUUUCGAAUGCCUUGGUGAUUUUGAGAAAGCUCGAGUAAUGUACAGUCAGAUCGCGAAGCCGAUCCUUUCGGGCACGUCUCCAGAACGACUGAGAAUGCUGGAAACCGACAUUGGGGCCCAGCUUGCCCUGGUUCGUCUCUGUCUCAUUGAUUACCGGCGCGGUCAUCUGGAGGAAACCCAGCAACGACUAGAGCUCCUCCUGGAAACCUGCCCACGCUUUCGUCUGGGCUGGUUGGCUCUCGCAAAAGCGCUCCUUCUGCGCCACAAGAUUCCGGGUGCAUUUGCGGCCUACCAACGCUGCAUGGAGCUUGAUCCCGAAAGCGCCAAGGAUCCCCUCGUGUGGACUGGCAUAGGCAUUCUGUAUCAGCUAUACGGGCAGCUCGAAGAAGCCGCUGAGGCAUACAAAGUCACCCAAAGACUUUUGCCCGUUAAUGACGAAUUCCGAGAUGUUGCUUUAUUCUACCUGGCGACCUUGAAAUGUGCGGCUCGAGAUUAUGAUGCAGCCUUGGCCCUGUUCACACAGGCUCUUGAAUACCGCGUCGAAGAACGUAGCGCAGCGCUUCUUAUGACGAAGAAAACUCGGCACAGUGGCAACGCUGUCGAAAAUGAUCAACCGAGUACACUGCGUAUCGGCAACGAGACCGCACCACUGAGCACUGCCAAUCGACGAGCAACUUCCUUCACUACGGAUACGAGCGCAGCUCGUGGCAAUGGACCGCUGCUACCAUCAGGGUCAAACAAUGGGCGACAGCGUGAAUCUGCUGCCACAAAAAUGGUGCUCGGAAUGGCUCAGAAAGAGUACGAAACCCUGGAGAGACAGCGCCUCUUCCGCGCUCGCCGCGCGCUCCUCGACCUGGUUCUCGACGAAGAACUAUCCGCGUUAUCAGAUGGGCGAACCUGGUGCGAGAUUGGCCACGUAUACAUGCUUUGCCAAAAUUUAGCAGAAGCGCGUAAGGCCUUCGAAAAUGCGCUCAUCGCAGACCCCGGAGAUGUCGAUGCACUGCAGCAGCUCUCUUGGACGCUCAUCUUGCUGAAUGAGGUACCCAUUGCGCUUGAGCAUCUUCGGCGCUGCGUUCAACUCGAUCCGAAUCGGGCACAUAGUUGGUAUUUGUUGGGUCGCGCCUAUGCCCUCAGUGAGCAGCAUUUAGAGGCCUGCAACGCGUACCAGCAAGCAGUAUUACGGGAGCCGAAUAACGCAAGUUACUGGUGCUCAAUUGGUGUGCUCUACUACCAGGCUCAACAGUAUUCGGAUGCUGCUGAUGCGUAUAUGCGGGCUAUUCGCUUGAAUCCUGGACUUGCGGAGGUCUGGUUUGACCUCGGCAUCCUCUACGAGAACUAUGGACAAUUUGCUGAUGCGUGCAGUGCUUACCAUCGCGCCAUGAGUCUGAAUCCCCAUAAUAUCAGCUACCUGGAACGAUAUCGGGCUAUGUGUUCAACGCUUCAGGCUGGUGAGGCAGUCACCAGUGCCCCCGGGCGGAGCGCUCCCAAAACAACCGGCCAGGCGAUACUGCCGUCAGCGCCGGCUGCGCAAGGCCUGUCUUAUCCACCGGAUAGCCGCCGUCAGGAUACUUUCCCGCCGCUGCAUCGCACGUAUCCGGCUCAUGCUCAGAUACCUGCGCAGGUGACGUCGCGACGAGACGCAGCCUACCCUGAAACACGUACUCUUGGUGAGCGUGCCUUUUCGGGGCAGGCUCCGGGCGUAAUGGGCAUGGUGCCGACGCAACCUGAACCGUGGGCAGAAACAUUGCACCGAUUAGAUGCUGGAGGAGGAGGAGGAGGAGGAUCUGCGGAAGCAGCAGUCCCCGGCACUGAGCAGAUCAGUGCAGGAAUGUCACGGGCUCAUCAGUUGCCAAGCGUAGCCUCGAAACUAAUGACCAAAGAUCCCGGGCCUCCGAACCAGGUGAAUCCUCUGCUGCGAUCCGCAGCCGGGCUGGACCGUCGAGAGGGCAUUGCCGAUGCGGACACCUUGGCUGCUGCUACAACUGCUGCUGAUGCUUCAUGGGCACCGUCGCUGUCGGUUGCAGCGACGGUGCAGCAGCCAUCAACAGGGCCACAAGCUAUAGCAGGUGCUUACCGCCUGGAGACCGGUCAGCCACGAGGCACACCAGCCGUUCAGGUAACUGUAACAGCAUCGAACGAACCUGUGGAGACGAAUCGAUCGCUUCCCAAAAUCAGUUUGGAAAAAUGUCCGAUCGAGAACACCAUUGAGCGCAAUAAGCGCUUGAUCAUUCUCUCGGAGAAAAAGAGUCGCACAAUUUCGCACGAGGAGGCUACAAACCCCCCGAGUGGCGACCAGAACCUGGCACCUGAAUCGGCAGGUUCCACCACGAAAGUUGCGCUUGUCCAACGACAGCCAACGCCCGACUCGACGGAUACCGAACCGACGGAUGCGGAGACCAGUUCCUGA